AUGAGCAACUCAGACGAGGACAUCUUGUAUCACCUCGGCAUAACGAGUAAGACGUAUGAUUUCAAGAAGGUCCUUGGGGACAUUAAGUUCGUGUGCACCGGCGGAUCAGUGAAGCGAAUCGAAAAUUUUGCCAAGUGCCUGCUAGAAAGGUUGCCCAUAAACUCACCGUUUGGCGUACAACCAAAAAAUCUCUGUCAGUCUGACCGCUUUGUGAUGUACAAAGUCGGUCCAGUGUUGUGCGUAAAUCAUGGAAUUGGCUUCGGCUCGCUCUCGAUCAUGCUCAAUGAAGUUUUUAAACUUCUUCGCUAUGCCGGUUGUACGGACGUAACAUUUUUCCGUGUCGGAACCUCCGGGGGCAUUGGUAUGCGAUUUAAGCGUAAAUCAAGUUCAGCCGGGUCACCUGGAGGAACACUGGUCAUUACCAAAACCGCCGUCGACGGUCUUUUACAAGAAUCAUAUGAAGCGGUACUAAAACAGUACUACUACGUCGUAUUAGUGUUGGGUAAAAGCAUUCGUUACCCUACCGUGUUGAACGAAGCCGUGUCUGAAGAACUGAAGAAGAUCGCCGAAGAGCUUGGCUUUAAUGUAGUCACUGGGAAAACGUUAUCGGCGAAUGAUUUUUACGAAGGAGAAGCUCGACUUGACGGUGCUCUGUGUUCAUACACCGAAGAAGAGAAAAUGCAGUUCAUUCAAAAAGCGUAUGCAUUAGGUGUGCGAAACAUGGAAAUGGAAGCAACGUGCUUUGCCGCGAUGUGCCUGAGAGCACAUUUUAAAGCUGCUGUCAUUUGCGUAGCUCUGCUGGACAGACUGAAAGAAGAUCAGCUGACCACGCCACCGGAAGAACUUCGUCAAUGGGAGGCUAGACCAAUGGAAGUUGUUCUCCAGUACAUCUGUCGUCAUAUUGAUGAUUGA